UGGCUGUAUUAAACGGGCAACUGACACCUUGCUCAGUCGUUUUCCUUUUCUCCUGUUUUACUUUGAGACUAGGGAAUGGACAGACCACAUCCCGUGUGUAAACAGAUGUUCUGUCCUUGCAAACCUGGUCCCUGAAUUUUCCACAAUCAGCUCCAAUCUCAGCGGAAACGUGCGACAAAGAAACGCCCAAAUCAGAAUGUGAAUGGUUUAACCGGACUAACGCUGUAAAUGAUAUUUUCCUCGCUAACCUGCGCUUUCUGGGGAAAUACCGGACCAGGAAAUAAACAAAGUUCAUGGUCACCGGGGCCGGAGCUGCCUGAUACGUGUUAGGUGUGUCGAUAUUGUAGCAAAGUUUCAGUGCAGAUCAUUGGCACUUUUUACCGAAACAAAUACUUCCUGGUUCAAGCUCCAAGUCGAGAAAGGGUUGCGCUGUGAGGCAGCAAAGACAAUAUGUAAAAGUCGGUCUCCAUUCAAUUCCUGUCUUGUUCCAAGUCGUUCAGGGAGUUCGUUCAUUGAUUUAUUUUAGGAAUGUCUUCCCUUUCGGAGACGGAGUAGAGCGGAUCCACAGCAGAGUGGAGACGGACAAACAUGGGGAAUUUCAUACGGACUCACUGUGCAUGUCUCAGGUGUAUCUGCCCCUGUGUCUUCAAACCUGCCAAGCUCAAAGAUCCGGACAGGUCGCUGUCUCUCAGGGACCCCACCCUGCCUCGGCCGCCCCCGCCAGAGCCGGUGCUGCAGCGCAAGAUCUAUGUCGCUUUGUACGACUACUCGGCUCGCACACCCGAGGACCUGAGCUUCGAAGCGGGAGAAAUGCUGGAAGUUACCGACCAGUCACUGGACAAUUGGUGGCUGGCUCGGUCACUGUGGCGAGACGACAACAGACAAGGCUACAUUCCCAGCAAUUACGUUGCUCUGGACUGCAGUAUAGAGGCGCAACCCUAUUUCUUUGGAGCGAUCAAACGUGUAGAUGCGGAGAAACAAUUGUUAAUGGCUGGAAAUGGAAACGGCUCCUUUAUACUCCGAGAAAGUGAAAGCAAGUUGGGCGACUAUUCGCUCUCAGUUCGUGACGAAGACACUGUGAAACAUUAUAAAAUCAGGCGCUUGGAUGAAGGAGGAUUUUUUAUCACGAAAAGAGCAACUUUCCAAACGUUGACAGAGCUUGUGAACCACUAUUUGCGAAAGCAAGAUGGCUUGUGCACACAACUUAGAACUCCGUGCCGGAAGGUAGAAACACCAGUCACUGUUGGAUUAUCCUACAACACUGUGGAUCAUUGGGAAAUUGCACGUGACUCUCUGAAACUGAUAAAGAAAUUAGGUGCUGGAACAUUUGGAGAAGUAUGGCAAGGAGUUUGGAAUGACAGAACUCAAGUUGCAAUAAAAACAUUGAAAACAGGUACGAUGGCUAAAGAAGACUUCCUGAGGGAGGCACAAAUAAUGAAGAAGCUGAGACAUCCAAAGUUAAUCCAGCUGUAUGCUGUCUGCACUGUAGAAGAACCAAUUUACAUUAUUACUGAAUUAAUGAAAAAUGGGAGCUUGCUUGACUACUUACACAAAAACCAGGGGAUGACUUUGACCAUAAAUGAUCUGCUAGAAAUGUCAGCACAGGUGGCUUCAGGCAUGGCGUAUCUGGAAGCUCAGAAUUAUAUCCAUCGGGAUUUAGCUGCAAGGAAUGUGCUGGUUGGAGAAAAUAACAUCUGUAAAGUCGCUGAUUUUGGACUUGCUCGAGUUUUUAUGAAAGAAGAUGAAAAUGUUUAUGAAGCGAGAGAAGGAGCAAGAUUUCCUGUAAAGUGGACUGCACCAGAAGCUAUCCAUACCAAUAAGUUCAGCAUCAAAUCUGAUGUUUGGUCCUUUGGAAUACUGUUGUUUGAAAUAAUCACUCUUGGAAAGAUGCCUUAUCCAGGAAUGUCAAAUUACCAAGUUAUUCAGGAACUGGGGAGAGGGUACAGAAUGCCAUGCCCUUCAGAAUGCCCCCCUGCAUUGUAUGAAAUCAUGUUAGAUUGCUGGAAAGACAGAGAUUUUGAAAGACCAACAUUUGAAACAUUGCAGUGGAAACUGGAGGACUUCUUUGAAACUGAUCUUUCAGCCUAUACAGAUGCUAAUGUUUUUGUUAGCUAAUGUACAAAACAAAGUUUAACAUUUUAUCUGUUCUGAUCAAAACUGAUUUAACAUUCUCAUCUUGAUGUUUAUAAUUUGUGAAAGUGGUUCAAUCAUAUGCAUAGCCAUUCAGUUAUAAAUCAAUUCGGGGCUAUUGCGUACACAUUCUAUACAUAUAUGAAUAUAAUUUAUCUUGGCUGUACAGUCAGGAGUUCACAAACAAGUGUCAAGGCCAAAUCAAAUUCUAUGCAAUUGCUCUAUAUGUUAUUCUAUAUGAAAUAUAUGCAUCAGAGAUGGCUGAUGUGGCACCAUUGGCAGUGGAUUAAAGAAAUAAGGAGGUCAUUGCUAUUCAGAAACAUUCAGCGCCCCCCAAAACAUGAGAGCAAGAAUAGACAAUAAUCAAGUGGAAAGGCAAGCAGCAAGUGACACUUGGCCAAGGUGCUGUGAGGCAGUACCUUUUGAAGACAGACACAAGGAGAACUUAAGAUAUUAGAUGCCAGUUGAGUUAUUGCUGGAGAUGAAAUCUGCCUGCAGAAUUCUGUUCUGCCUACCGUGUCUAAAUGAGAGGAAUAUAGAGGAAAGCGGAGUGUGAUACAUAACAGGUGGUCAAUCCACUAUUGCCUCUUUUGAAUCCCUGAGGAAGUUAAAGUUUAUCUCUGUUAACUUCAGAUUAUAUAGAAGCAUGGAAACACAAUGCAUACUUGUGUGAUAUUUCACUAUACAAAUAAUGUAUUACAUGUUUCACCAUUUAUGCCAAGUUGUAUUCAAGUAGUAGUUGGCAGUUUUUGAUUUUCCUGUCCCCCUAGUACUCAUAGAAGUUCUCACAUUAUUUCUGUAAAUAUUCUAAUUAGAUAAAUGGCUGUCACAAAACAUAACAUCACCCUUUCUGUACCAAUUUCUCUCUAAUCAACAUAUGUUUUGAAAUUUGGUCAAAGAAUGAAUCUCUUUCAAUGAACACAGAAUCUACAAUUAAAGGACUAUAGUAUGCCUUCAGGGCAAAGCAUUGUUGAAUAUACUCAGCAAUCUACAUUAUUAUACAAAAUUCAGUCUCUCAACACUACAUUACAUACAGUCUUAAUGGUACUUUCACAACUUGUAUAUAAAUUUAUGUUCAGAUACAGAGUAAAUUUAUUUUGUACAACUGCAGAAUAUUGAAAUGUAUAUAACCUAAU